AUGACCGACAUGCAGACCCAGAAGCGUGCGCCAUCGCGCUCGCCCUCCGGAUCACCAGAGACGAAGCCCCGUAAAAGACCCGGAACAGCGUCCCGCAUCAGCAAAGCCCCCGCCAGCGCCCGCCCCAGUGCAGCUGCCUAUCAGCGCCGUCCUGAACGCGAACAGCGCCGGCCCUCCCCAGAAUCUUCCGCCCGUAAGCGCUCUCGUUCUCGGUCACCCUCUCCAGCCCGCCCCCGCAAGCGUCCUGGGGCAGCGUCACGCAUCAACCAAGCCGACAUCGCCGAAGCCAAGAAGCGCGAGCAGCAAAGAGAACAGGAGCGGGCCGCGCUAGCUCACGCUUCUAUAGCAGGCAGAGGCGUCCAUGACGUGGUCAAGCAGCAUUACAAUGCCGUUCCGGAGCGUGGCCGCGAAUGGCGCAAGACGGAUUCAAAGAUCAAGGGGCUGCGGAGCCUCAACAACUGGGUCAAGAGCUGUCUGAUACAAAAGUUCGCGCCGACGGAGCAAGGCCUGACCAAUGAGGAGAAUAUAAGGCGGGAGGAGCUGUUGGUGCUGGAUGUGGGAUGUGGAAAGGGAGGGGAUCUGCAGAAGUGGCAGAGCGCGCCGCAGCGGGUGGGCCUGUAUAUCGGGCUAGACCCCGCGGACGUCUCGAUCGACCAGGCGAAGGAGAGGUACGGCCAGAUGCAGAAGCGGGCGCCGCCGAGAGGAAGACCGUCACGGUUGUUUGAGGGACAUUUCUUUGUCAAGGACUGCUUCGGCGAGUGGAUCGGCGAUAUACCGCUCAUACAACAGGUCGGCAUAGAUGGCAGUGUCGGCCCGGGCGGUGGAGGUAUCAGUCAGCGGUGGGGUGGUGGUGGGUUCGACAUUGUCAGCAUGAUGUUUUGCAUGCACUAUGCGUUUGAAUCCGAGGCAAAAGCGAGAGGCAUGCUCAAGAACGUAGCUGGAGCACUCAAGAAGGGAGGGAGAUUUCUGGGCGUGAUACCCAACUCGGACGUUCUGUCAGAGAAGGUGGAGGAGCAUCACAAAAUGAGCGGGCCGGAAGGUGCUAGUGGCGUUCAAGACGAUAGCGACGACAACUGGAACCCUGAGAAGAGUCUGGACGAGGAGAAGAAACCCAACGGCAUCGCAGACGACGAUGACGACGACUGGGAUCCGGAGAAGACCCUGGACACCGACGAGAAGAAGAAAGAAGAGCCUGCCGCAGCCGCAGCCGUACCAGAUGAAGAAGGUGAGAUAAAGGAAGAGGGCUUCCAGUGGGGCAACAGCAUCUACACGGUCAAGUUCCCCGGGAAGACGCCCAAGGAUGGUAUUUUCAGGCCGCCAUUUGGGUGGAAGUAUUUCUACUUCUUAGAGGAAGCGGUGGAGCAGGUUCCAGAAUAUGUGGUUCCGUGGGAAGCCUUUAGAGCGUUGGCCGAGGACUACAACCUUGAGUUACAGUAUCGCAAGCCAUUCAACGAGGUCUGGGAUGAAGAGAAGGAUGACCCUACCCUGGGACCCCUUAGCGAGCGUAUGGGUGUCCGUGGGCGCGAUAGAGGCCCACUGCUCGUCAGCAACGAGGAGUUCGAAGCUGCUAGCUUCUAUCAUGCGUUCUGUUUCUACAAGGUCUAG